AUGUGGCUUCUCCCAGCCAUGCUCCUUCUCUGCAUCCCAGGCUGUUUGUCCCUGAUGGGCCCCAGCUGUGUGACUGGCACCAUGGGGAACUCUCUGAGUGUGCAGUGUCAGUAUGAGGAGAGGUACAAGGCGUAUAACAAAUACUGGUGCCGAGGACAGUACGACACAACAUGUGACGUAAUUGUGGAGACCAAAGGAGAAGAGAAAGAUGAGAGGAAUGGUCGUGUGUCCAUCAGAGACCGCGCUGAUAAGCUCACCUUCACAGUGACCAUGGAGAACCUCAAUGCAGAUGAUGCUGGAUCCUACUGGUGUGGAAUUCAGACAGUAUGGAUCCUGGACGCGUGGUCACGUGACCCAUCAGUCCAAGUUAAGGUGUCUGUUUCCCCAGCACCAGGUACAACCACAGGGACGACCAGAUGUCCAGUGGCACCUGCCACCCUUCCAGUGGUGAAUACCGGGCAGAACCUUAGCACCAGGAAGGUGCUGACUCACAGCUCAGGGUCCCAGCCCAGCAACGUCCACUUUCUACUCCUGGUCUUCCUGAAGCUGCCCCUGUUCCUGAGCAUGCUCACUGCUGUCCUCUGGGUGAACAGACCUCAGAGGGGCCCUAGAGGGAGACAGAGUCAGCCUGACCAGGGGAAUAGACCAUGCAGUGCACUGGCCCCAGGAAGGCUGUCUCUAGGAGGACAGCCCUUCAGACUGGACAAGAGAGACCUUCAGACUCUGGACUCCAGGGCAGGGGGGCUGCAGUGCCUGGAUUCUGGAGGGACUCGGGUCUUCUGGGGGUGUUGUUCCUGUGCCUCAAUGGAGAGUUCUGGGUCUUAG